AUUGGUUUUAAUUUUAGAUUAUUCAUUCAUUGAAAAAUAGUUUUUUGUUCUUUUUAUAUUAGUUUCCCUUUUUACUUAGAUUAUAUAUCUUGUAUUUUUAUAGGAAUGGUUCUUUUAAUUAGAGGCUCAAUUAUCUUUUAUAGAGAGUUUUACAUACAAUCUGAAAUUUAUAAACUUCGUUUUUUCUUUCUUAUAUUCCUUUUUGUUAUAUCAAUAAUUUUUUUAAUUAUUUGCCCAAAUUUUUUCUGUAUAUUGUUAGGAUGAGAUGGUCUAGGUUUAGUUUCCUAUCUUUUAGUAAUCUAUUACCAAAAUUUUAAAUCUUUUUAUUCUGGUCUUAUUACUGCUUUAACAAAUCGUGUUGGUGAUGUAUUUAUCCUGUGUUCAAUUUCCUUAUUUUUUUGUUAUGGAAGUUUUAAUUAUAUAAAUUUUUUUUUUAAUUAUAAUAUAUAUUUUUGUUAUAUAUUUUUUAUCGCUUCUUUAACUAAAAGUGCUCAAAUUCCUUUCUCCGCUUGGUUACCCGCAGCUAUGGCUGCUCCCACUCCGGUUUCUUCAUUAGUUCAUUCCUCAACUUUAGUAACUGCAGGUGUUUAUAUUAUAAUUCGUUUUAAUUAUUAUUUAAUUCAAGAAAUUAAAUAUUUAUUAAUAUUUAUUUCAUUGUUAACUAUAAUCAUGUCAGGAUUUUCUGGCAUAUUUGAAUUUGAUUUAAAAAAAAUUAUUGCCUUAUCAACUUUAAGUCAGUUAGGGUUUAUAAUAUCUACAAUUUCUAUUGGUUUUUAUGAAUUGGCUUUUUUUCAUUUAAUUACACACGCUGGUUUUAAGGCAUUAUUAUUUAUAUGCGCUGGAUUUUUUAUUCAUAAUUAUCAUGAUAAUCAAGAUAUUCGGUUUUUUGGUUUAAUAAAUAAAAAUUUUUGUUUUUCUUUAUGUAUAUUUAAUAUUGCUAAUUUAUCAUUAUCUGGUUUCCCUUUUCUUUCAGGAUUUUUUUCAAAAGAUUUAAUUCUUGAAUUUAUAUUGAAAUUGAAUUUUGGGUUUAUUUAUUUAAUUUUGUUUAUUGUAGGUACUUUUUUAACAGUUCUAUAUUCUUUCCGCCUAAUAAUUUAUUUAACCUUUAAAAAAUCUUUUUUUAACUCUGUGGAAUUUUUUCCUAAUCUGUUAGGAAUUCAAAAUUCUAUAUAUUUACUAUUUUUUUUCUCCGUUUUUUUAGGAUUUAUUGGUUCAUCAAUUUUUUUUUUUCCUUACAAUUAUAUUGUCUUACCUUUUAAGAUAAAAAUUUUAAUUUCACUAAUUUGUUUAUUAAGAUUUUGUUGUUCCUUAAAAAUUUCUUAUAUAAAUUUAGAAUUAAAUAAUUAUUUCAUUAUAUAUUUAAGACAAAUGUGAUUUUUAUAUUUCUUAAAAACUGAUUUAUUAAAAUAUUUUUUUUUAAAUAAUUCUUAUAAAUUUUCAAAAGUGUUGGUAACAUAUAUUGAAAAUUACUUUGGAAUAACUCUAUAUUAUUAUUUUUAUUUUUUUUCUGAUAAAUUUUUAAAUUUUUUUAAUUAUUUGUUUUAUCUUUUCUCUUUUUUUUUUGUUUAUUAUAUUUUUUUUUAUACUUUUUUGUUUUAA